AUGGUCACUUCGAUCGUGAGCUGCCUUGAGCCCGACUUGAUCCAGGAUUCCAGCGCAUUUUCGGGACAGGAGCCGGGAACCGAGGGACUGGAACCGGGGCAGGCGCCUUCCGCGACAGAUGCCAACAACUUUAUAAACUUUUGCCAUGGCCAAGAGCUCACAAACGGCAAGAUGAAUGCUGCCGGCUCCUGCAAUGGUAUCCCCAUGGGUCGGCUUCCUUCCGUCGACAACAUGGUCUCGGCCAUCAUCACCAACCCCAAGCAUGCUGCCCGAAUCCCCGCCUACACGAACUUCGUUGUUUCGGUCCAGACCACACAUCUUAGUGCCGGCUAUUUUGUCAACCCAGCCACCAAUUACUAUACGGCUCCUCAGGACCUCGACAGUAAUGGGGACAUCUUCGGUCAUUGCCACAUCGCUAUCCAGGAUAUCGGGUCCUUCCAGUCCUCGACUCCUCCUGACCCAAGGGAAUUUGUAUUCUUCUCCGGGAUUCUCGACUCCGGCGAUGGACACGGACUGCUCUACGCGACGGUGGAAGGGGGCCUUCCUCCUGGAGCAUACCGAGUAUGCACCAUGAUUUCCGCCGCGAACCAUCAGCCAGUUGUAAUGCCUGUGCCUCAGCGUGGCGCGCAGGACGACUGCACCAAAUUUGAAGUUGUCGACUUUCUUCAACCCGGUAAUCCCGAAAUCCCCAUCGUGGUAAAUACGGGUCUUUUUAUCAAUAAUGACUUUAGACAUGCUGAGGGAGGCGCGCUGCUUGAGGUGGAGAAUCCCACAACCGGCGAUAUCCUUGCCUCCGUGGCCGCUGCGCAGAAAAAGGAUGUCGACGCGGCCGUGGCGGCCGCACAGGCCGCUUUCCAGGGCGUGUGGAAGACGACCUUGCCCACAGAGAGAAGCAAGCUGCUCCACCGCCUCGCUGAUCUCAUCGAGCGUGAUGUAGAUGACCUCGCAAGCCUCGAGGCCCUCGACGUAGGUGUCUUGUUUGGCGAAUCCAAGGCGCUGCACAUCCCACAGGCAACCGAAACGUUGCGGUACUUUGCUGGCUGGGCGGAUAAGAUCUCGGGAAGUCUUUUGAACAUCCCCGGAGGUUACGCUUACACCCGACGUGAGGCAAUCGGGGUAUGCGCCGCCAUCAUUCCUUGGAAUGCACCCCUCAUGAUCACCAUCUGGAAGCUUGCGCCAGCCAUCGCCGCCGGAAACGUCCUCAUUAUCAAGACUCCGGAGCUUGCUCCACUCUACGGCCAGAAACUGGCCGCUCUUAUCAAGGAGGCCGGCUUCCCUGCAGGUGUUAUCAAUAUCAUUUGCGGCCAGGGGUCCGUUGCAGGCCAGGCUCUGGCGGAACAUUGCACCGUUCGAAAAAUUGCCUUCACUGGCAGCACCGCGGUCGGCAGACAAAUCCUACAGGCAUCUGCCUCGUCUAACCUGAAAAAGGUCACCCUGGAGCUUGGCGGCAAAGGGCCCUCGAUCGUGUUUCCGGACGCAGAUCUGGACAAUGCCCUAUUCUGGACAACGCUUGGCUUCACCGCCAACAAUGGCCAGGUGUGCGCGGCAGGCUCUCGCAUAUACAUUCAUGCCAGUAUCUACGAUGCCUUCCUGCUUGCUUUUGCUGAGAGAUUGAUCAAGACUGCCCACGGCGACCCGCUCAAACCCGAAACCACUAAAGGUCCGGUCAUCAGCCACAAGCAACGUUCACGAAUUCUUGACUACAUCCAUCAUGCCAAAGAGUCCGGCAUCCGCUUGCUCAUGGGAGGUGAAGACAUGUCUGGAAAGGGAUAUUUCGUCCCAAACACCGCCUUCGCGGACGUGCCCGACGAUGCGGCUAUUAUGAAGGAAGAGAUAUUUGGCCCCUCUAUUGCCAAAUUUUCGACCGAAGACGAAGUUAUCGCCAAGGCCAACAGCAGUGAGUACGGUCUCAGCGCCGCAGUUUUCACAAAUGACGUGAACCGAGCGCAACGUGUGUCCGCGGGCCUAGAGAGUGGCCAGGUUACCAUAAAUUGCUGGGGUAUGCUACACUCCAACACGCCCUUUGGGGGUGAAGCAGUCCGGAUCGCCACAAAGCCUCUCGACCAUGCCGAGGGCACUCGCUACCUCGCGUCUCUCUUCACCGUCCCCAAGCCCCGGUACAUCACCAAGCCCGCCCUCAUCUCCCACAUCGAGAGCAUCCUUGCCGGCGCCGUGUCCCCGCAGCUUCACAAGCUCUUCUUGAGCCUCUCUGCUCAAUCACAACAGGAGAUGGGAUUCCCGAUUUUCCUCGAACCCUGGAUGAUGUGCUACACUUGA